AUGGGAGAGCCAACAAACAAUGAAGAUGAGGAAAACAAUCAUUCUGAAGAUGAUGAUAACACCACUCUCAACUUCCAAACCAAAUUCGUUCCUUGGUCAGAGAUGGAAAUUCAAAAUGAACUCAAUCCAAGAUCUCUCCUCCAACACAAGAACGGAAAGAGACAAUCUAUCAUUGUUAUUGCCUCACUCAUUGACAAGAUUCCCAACUUGGCUGGUCUUGCAAGAACUUGUGAAAUUUUCAGUGCUGAAAAACUAGUUUUACCUCAUAUGAACGUGGUGGAAAUGGAAGAGUUUAAAUCCAUCUCUGUGAGCGCCGAGCAUUGGAUUCCAGUGGAAGCUUGUCCACCAACAGAACUUGCUCAAUAUCUUUCCCAAAAGAGACAAGAGGGAUACACAAUCGUAGGCCUAGAACAAACCAGCACAUCUGUUAUGUUACCAGAUUACGAAUUCCCAGAAAGAUGCUGUAUAUGUUUGGGGAAUGAAAAGGAAGGCAUGCCACCUGAAUUACUGUCAUUGAUGGAUACCUGUGUAGAAAUUCCACAGUUGGGUGUAUUAAGAAGUUUGAAUGUGCAUGUGAGUGCAUCCAUUAUGAUUUAUAGAUACACUGAGCAAUUUUUAAGACGUAAAUAG